CACGUGAAAGCAGCCGCAUACUGGUACGGCGAGGCUCUUCAUGUUUUGGAGUGGGGGCAAGAAGCCUGGAAGAAGGUGCCGAGAUCUCAGCGGGGCGCGAUCUUUGAGUAUACCUUCGUCCGUGGUGUACGUGUGCUGCACCUCGAGGCAUCCACG